ACCAGCAGAUAAAAAAUGGCAAAACCGACCAAAAUUACUGGUGUAGACAUCAAAGAUAUUCGCUUCCCCACGUCACUGGGAAAACAUGGAUCGGAUGCAAUGCAUGGAGAUCCUGAUUAUUCCUGUGGUUAUGUAAUAAUUAGCACAGAUACUGGACUUCAAGGUCAUGGUUUGACCUUUACCCUUGGCCGUGGCACUCAUAUAGUAUGUGCUGCUAUCAAGCCCCUCACCAGAAUCCUACUUGAUUGGAAACUUUCCGCUAUUUAUGAUGAUUUUGCUGGCUUUUGGAGAGAGAUAACCAAUGAACAACAGCUAAGAUGGUUGGGACCAGAGAAGGGAGUAAUGCAUCUUGCAACUGCAGCUAUUGUGAAUGCACUCUGGGACCUCUGGGCCAAGAUAGAAGGAAAGCCAGUAUGGAAGUUGCUGGUUGAUAUGGAACCUGAAAAAAUCAUCUCUUUGAUAGACUUCAGAUAUAUAGAGGAUGCCCUUUCAAAGGAAGAAGCCCUGGAGAUUUUAAGGAACAACCAGGCUGGCAAAGCAGAAAGAGAGAAGGAAAUUCGGACAAAUGGUUACCCAGCAUACACCACAUCAGCUGGCUGGCUGGGCUACUCAAAUGAUGAGAUAAAACAGAGACUAGCCACAGCUAAAGCUAAUGGCUUUUCAAGGUUCAAGUUCAAGGUCGGCUCAGAUCUGCAGGAUGAUAUUAGAAGACUUGAGAUUGUCAGGAAAGAGCUAGGACCUGAUACCACUAUUAUGGUAGAUGCAAACCAAAAAUGGGGAGUGGAUGAGGCAAUUGAAUGGAUGGGUCAUCUGGUGAAGUACAACCUCCUGUGGAUAGAAGAACCUACUAGUCCAGAUGAUGUCCUUGGGCAUGCAGCUAUUGCAAAGGCCUUGGAGCCCUAUGGGUGUGGAGUGGCCACAGGAGAAUGUUGCCAGAACAGAGUCAUGUUUAAACAGUUUCUACAAGCCAAGGGCCUACAAUUCUGCCAAAUAGACAGUUGCAGACUGGGAGGGGUUAAUGAGAUUAUUGCUGUUCUUUUAAUGGCCAAAAAAUUUAAUGUGCCAGUGUGUCCUCAUGCAGGAGGGGUGGGUCUCUGUGAGAUGGUACAACAUCUGUCCAUAUUUGAUUACAUCAGUAUAUCAGCUACCUUGGAGAGUAGAAUGACUGAGAGCGCUGAUCAUCUUUUUGAACACUUUGUUAAUCCAGUCGUCAUGAAGAAUGGCUGCUACACUGCUCCAUUGGCUCCUGGCUACAGUACAGAGUUGAGCCCUGCCUCGAUAGCUGAUUACACAUACCCCGAAGGUAAUGAAUGGCAGCGACUCUUUAAGGAAGGAGAAUUUGUACCACUAGAUGUUGACGAGUUUCAUCUGAAGCAAUAACUCACCAAGUGAGCCAAGUAUGAAGAGAAAUCAGCAUUUGAAGUGCAAGCUAAUUCUGCAAAAACAUUCCAAGCACUUCUUCAGAUCAGUUAAAAUGUGCAAUAUGACUACUAUGCGAUACUAGUGCAUAAUAAUAAUAGUAAAUAUUUAUGUUGUGGGGUCAGGAUGAUUGCCAAAGUGAGAGGAUAUGUGAGAAAUACAAAAGGAGAUAUACUGAUUACUCAAUUUGUACAAAAUGAGUAAAUAAUGGGUACUAAUAACGUGAGCGAGUGCUUAGUUAGACUAUAAUUUCUAUAAAUCAACAACUAAGAUGAUUCAACAGUGUUCAAAUGGGACAAUUUCUACCCAUUUUUAUAAUGCCUUGCUGAAGUGCGACAGUUUUUACUCAUAUUUUCAGCUAUG